UUAGCUAGCUAGAGUAGUGGCAACGUGGUGCUGUGUGAUGUAUAAAUGGUGGUGUUUGGUUGUGACGUCGGAUGUAGUACUAUGUAUAGGUAGGUAGUAUCUAAUGGCGAAUCCCUGCCCGCCCGCGGAUCCUCCCACCCCAGGCGCGCGCGCUUUAAUCACCCCUCGCUCUCUCGCCUACCCGCAACCACCACCCUCUCUCUCUCUUUUCGCUGCGACAAUGCUCUCCGGCAUCCUGAUCUUCAACCAAAAGGGUGAGAACCUCAUCUUCCGCGCCUUUCGCAACGACUGCCGCCCCCGUCUCGCCGACGUCUUCCGCAUCCAAGUAAUCAGCAAUGCGCAAGUGCGCUCGCCCAUUCUGACCCUCGGCUCCACCACCUUCAGCCAUGUGAAGCACGAGAACAUCUACCUGGUUGCCGUGACCAAGAGCAACGCCAACGCCGCGCUGGUGUUUGAGUUCCUCUACCGCCUCGUCGGCCUGGGUAAGGCCUACUUUGGCAAGUUCGAUGAGGAGGCUGUCAAGAACAACUUUGUGCUGGUCUACGAGCUGCUCGAUGAGAUCCUCGACUUCGGAUAUCCGCAGAACACCGAAACGGAGACGCUGAAGAUGUACAUCACGACCGAGGGCGUCAAGUCUGAAAGGGCAAUGGAGGACUCUUCCAAGAUCACCAUGCAGGCUACGGGCGCGCUCUCCUGGCGACGAUCGGACAUCAAGUACCGCAAGAACGAGGCGUUUGUGGACGUCAUCGAGGACGUGAACCUCCUCAUGUCGGCGACGGGCACGGUGCUGCGGGCCGACGUAAACGGGCAAAUUGUCAUGCGCGCAUACCUCUCGGGCACGCCGGAAUGCAAGUUUGGGCUCAACGACCGGCUGACGCUGGGCGAGGACAGCCUGCACGCGCCGUCCGGGAACCGGGCGGGCACGAAAGCGACGCGGGCGGCCGCGGGCUCGGUGACGCUCGAGGACUGCCAGUUCCACCAGUGCGUGAAGCUGGGCAAGUUCGACACGGACCGCAUCAUCAGCUUCGUGCCGCCCGACGGCGAGUUCGAGCUGAUGCGGUACCGGGCGACGGAAAACGUCAACCUGCCCUUCAAGGUGCACGCGAUCGUGAACGAGGUCGGCAAGACCAAGGUCGAGUACAGCAUCGCCAUCCGCGCCAACUACGGCUCCAAGCUCUUCGCCACCAACGUCGUCGUGCGCAUCCCCACGCCGCUCAACACGGCCAAUAUUUCCAGCCGCACCAGCCAGGGCAAGGCCAAGUACGAGCCCGAGCACAACAACAUUGUCUGGAAGAUUCCGCGCUUCACGGGGCAGAGCGAGUUUGUGCUCAGCGCCGAGGCGACGUUGACGAGCAUGACGAACCAGAAGGCGUGGAGCCGGCCGCCGCUGAGCUUGAAUUUCAGCUUGCUCAUGUUCACGAGCAGCGGGUUGCUGGUGCGCUACUUGAAGGUGUUUGAGAAGAGUAACUACAGCUCCGUCAAGUGGGUCCGCUAUAUGACGCGCGCGGGCAACUACGAAAUCCGCUUCUAGACGUGCGCG